AUGGAUACGACAACUGUGUUAGAUAAGUACACACAAGAUCUAUCCAACUUGCCUUUGGAAGUGAAACAUCUAUUACAAGAGUUGAAAAAUAAAGAUGUGCAGUUGCAAGAGGCAAGGAAGAGGUAUCAAACAAAAGAUAACCAAAUACAUAAAUUUAUACGAGCCAAUGGAACUUUAACCAAGCAUCCAAAGGAGCAACAGAUAUAUAAUAAAAUAGAAGAGGAUAUGGUGUUGGUUAAAAAAUUGCAAAAGGAAAAAAUAUUGUUAGCCAAUACGGCGUUGUUUUUGGUAUCCAAACAUUUAUCUAACUUUGAGACUGAUAUAGCCAAAUUAGAAAGAGAUGAGCUAUUACCUCCCGUUGAUAAUGUUAUGGAACUCGAUACACCAUCGUCUGAUAUGAAUAGCGUCAUCAAUGGGUUAAGUGAUAAUCUUUCGGGCACAACUACACCUAGAGGGCAUUCGGCAUCUACACCUGUGGCAGACAGUGCAGCCAAUAGCAUGCUCAGAAAAGCACAAAAGAGGAAGCAUGCUCUUAAUAUAAAGGGAACAAGUGGAUUAACGAAACCAUCUAAGAGAAUGAAAUCGGAAGAUUUCGAGGACAAGAAAUAUGAUUCUGAUUCGUUAUCUAGAUCUAAUGAAGGACCAGGUAACAAUGGUGAAGACGCUGAUAACAACCUAUACUGUUUCUGUCAACGAGUAUCGUUUGGUGAAAUGAUUGGGUGUGAUAAUGACGACUGUAAAUUCGAAUGGUUCCACUGGAGCUGUGUGGGCAUCACUGCACCCCCAAAGGACGACGAGAUUUGGUAUUGUCCUGACUGUGCUCCAAAAAUGGAGAAGAGAAAGAAGAAGAGAAAGUAG